GCCCUUCAACAUAAGGCUGCAGCAACUUCGACAGUAUUUGCUAGCGCAAACCCUUCACCCGUACCUCCCACACCACCACCCAAAGAUACGCUCUCGUCCGGUCGUAUGAACGAACCUUCCGCUCUCGCUCCUUCUACAGAACCCAUACCACCGGCAGCAUCCGCGAUGUCUAAGCUGGGACUCAAGACCGCCCCUCCAGAGAUGGACGAGCCAGACACUCCCUUGGUCAUCGACAUCUCCGGUCCCCGCCGAGAUACCCCGGACUUAGACGAAGGCGAAGAAGACGAAGAUGAGGAAGAGGACGAGGAGGACGAGGAGGACGAGGACGAGGACGAGGAGGACGACGGCGACGACGACAUGGAAGCGGGUAUGGACACAGAGCUCACAAUCCGUGUCGACGGCGAGGACGUCACCCCGCGCGACUCGGACGCCACGGACGCUGACAUGCCGCACAUCGGGAAGCACACCGACGGCGGGUCCACGCUCUAUGGCUCUACUGCUGCCGCCGGGUCAGGCAUGGGCAUUGGUUCAGGAGGAGAGCAUGUGCACGAGCACCCGCUCAGGCUUGACAUCCAUCCUCCGUCACCCCCGCUGGGGCCAUGGGACAGUACGCGAGAGAGGGACGACGACGACGAGCCGGGGGAAUUCGGCCUGGCAGAACGUAGGGCGAGGGCGAGUCCGCACAGGUAUGCGAUGUCUGGGACGAAGGCGAACAAGGUGCACGAGUUUGGAAACAAGCGAAGUCACAACCGUCCGCUCAUACCUCAUUCGUCGUAUUACUUCGGGCCACCACCACCGGACUCCGCGUAUGGCUCGGAUCCGGUGGGGCAAAUCGGUGUGCACCAUCCUCGGGAGAUCGUGCGGGUAGAGCGGGACUACACGGGCGGCGAGCUCCCACAGUUCACUCCCACGUACCCCCUGGAGCUUGAAGGACGGAUAACGCCGACCCAGUUCUUGGAGACGAUCAAUGCAAUCAAUGAGCUUCUCCUGUCAGCGCACAGUCUCAGCCAUGCCUUUGUCGACAAUGCUCUGGCGUACUUUACACUGCAGGUUUCGCGAGCAGUGAAAAAGACGCAUUACGAGAAGGAGAUGGAUAGGCUGAAGGCGUUGAUCGACGAGUUGAACGUGCAAAUGUACAACCCUGUCGGGCUGCACAUCAAGUGGCCACGUUCUGUUGCCUUCCUCUUCCUCGAGAUCGAGUACUACUGACAUGCGAUCACCGAUUUUCCCGAGCCUCCACGCUGACUAGGCGCGGAGGUUCAACUGCGAAGAUUGGUUAGUAAUAUUGUCUAUGACCGAUCCUCCUUCUCUACAGCUUUGUCAGCCCCCACCGAUCCAUCACAGUCAUCUCAAUCUCGUUCCUUGCUACCGUUAUCUCCAUGAAUAGCUCCUCCUCGCCGCUUUCUUCCCACGCACCUCUCGCCCUCGGUUUUUUCCAGCUUCCCAGGAUCGACGUUCACCAUCGAGUUUGAGAUACCUACGGCACCCUCGCAACAACCACCCAAGUUGCAUCUGCUCUCUCUUAUAAUUGUAUUCUUCCUUGGGCUCCCUCCUUCUCAACCAUGGGCACAUCGUACAUAUAUCGCAUACCGCUACUUUGAUACCGGACGCACGCCUGAUCCAAUCUCACUGUAUUUUUCUAUACGCACGUAGAUAAAGCCAAUGCGCACAACUUCCAC